CCUGUUCACGUCCCGGGGCAUCAACGCUGUGUACAGAGUGGAGGGUGGAGAGGUACUUCUGACUGGCAGCUCAGACAGAGCCUUGGCUGAUGCAGAGCAGAGGUUGAAGACUGCCCUGUCCCUGCAGAGCCUUAWGGUGGAGGAUCAGGAGGUGCUGAGGAAGCCUGAGUGGAAGGAUCUKAACMACMAGCUGRUGGAURCCUACAACUCCCUAAAGAAAAGAACGGUGGUGAUAAAGCUUCACCCAGAGAACAGAGACAGAAUCAUUGUGUCUGGCUUCCUGGACCCGGUCAGAGAGGUCAGCAACAGUCUGCGGGACUUUGUUGAAAACUACUCACGAGUCGAAGAGGCUGUCCGUGUCAAGUCCUGUGCCGUGGUUAAAUUCAUCCAGGAGAACAAAUCCCAGGACUGGGAACAUUUUGCCAAGCGUGAUGAGGUGAAUGUCCACUUUGACCCCAGAAGGCCCAAAAUUGUCCUUUCUGGAGCCCGUCUCUACGUCAAGAAGGUCAAAGAGAACUUUCAGAAGAUGGUAGCACCUWUCUGCACUGAUGAGCUCACCAUCAUGAAGCCUGGAGCAAGGAAGUACUUCCAAGAGAAGGGAAGAAUGUUUGUUUCCAUGGCGAUGAAGGAGUACGGCUGUGUGGUGCUGCUGCAGGAAGACUACAUGCUGGAGGAAGAAGAGGGCGAUGAUGAAGAUGAGGAGGAAGGGUUUGGCCCGUCAUCCUGCUGUGAGGUGAGGACACYCAAUGGAAUCCUGGUCUCCGUCAGUAAGRCUGACAUCUGCAAGUUCAAAGUGGACGCAGUAGUCAACGCAGCCAAUGAAGACCUGCAGCAUAUUGGAGGCCUGGCUUUAGCACUACUCAAGGCUGCUGGUCCACGGCUGCAGGAGCUCAGUGAUCAACAUGUCCGUAAUAACCGCCGACUGCAACCAGGAGACGCCAUUGUGACAGAUGCAGGCAAUCUGCCCUGUAAGUAUGUGGUCCAUGCGGUUGGUCCACGGUUCACAGACUUUGACCAGCGAACAGCCAUACAGCGUCUGAAACAAGCUGUGAAUGAGAGCCUGAGGGAGGCUGCGAAGGUUAACUGCUCAACUGUUGCCGUCCCGGCCGUCAGCUCUGGGAUAUUUGGCUUUCCUCUGAACCUGUGCACUGAGACCAUUGCUGUGGCAGUGCGUGACUACUGUGAGAACCUGAGGGGUCAGACCUCCCUGACUGAGAUUCACCUGGUGGACAACAGUGACAACACUGUGAGAGCCCUGGCCAGCGCUGUCCAGAAAACAUUCAAUGACCUGCACCCAAAAAUGACCAUGCCUCCGCAGGGUGCACAUAGGGGAAGUGGACAACGGGGAAGAGGACAACAUAGUUACGGACAUCAAGGAACUGGAUAUCAGAGACAGCCACCAUGGGGACAUGGGCAGUGGGAACAUGGCAGAAGAGGUAGAGGAGAAGGUAGAGGUAGAGGGGGAGCAGAAGGUAGAUCUGAGGGCAUCGUCAACACCAUCUCUGAGGAUUUGGACCUGAGUAAAGGUGCUGUGUCCAAUGCUAUCCUAAAGGCAGCCGGUCCUGGGCUCCAAUCAGCAGCCACAGAUGAGGCUCGCGCCAUCAGAUUGGCCUAUGGUGACGUUGUGGUCACCGACGGUUACAACCUGCGAUGUCAGAGGGUGAUCCAUACUGUCUGCCCCCAUUGGGACCAGGGAGCUGGUUCAGCAGAGAAGAUAUUGAUAACGAUGAUCAGAGAUUGCCUGAGUGAGGCAGAGAAGCAUAGGCUGGCAUCCCUGUCUUUCCCUGCCAUUGGAACUGGGAACAUGGGAUUCCCUAAGGGCCUGGUGUCCAAGCUUCUUCUGCARGAGGUCAAAGACUUCAGCCAGAGAAGAAACUCCACACACCUUAAAGAGGUGGCCAUCGUGGUCCACCCCAGCGACACCCAAACUGUGGAUUGCUUUAUCAGGGAAUUCAAAGGCGCAGGCUUCUUUGGACAGGUGUCAUCCCCUUCUCUGGGUGUGUACAGCAUGCAGAUGGGUCACAUGACUUUAGAAGUGUCAUCAGGAGACAUCACCAAAGAGACCAGUGAGUCAUUAUUCUUGACAUCUAAACCUUUCCUUUUAUGCUUUUCUACAGUCAAAUCCCCAAGCUUCCAACCAUGCAGGAUGAUCGUGACAUCAGCAGGAUCUCUCCCAUGCAAACACAUCAUGCACAUUGUGGGACAGAAUGACCCUGAGAUCAUUAAAGAGACUGUGUACAAUGUUCUCAAGAAGUGUGAGGAGCGAAAGUUCACCUCAGUGUCCUUCCCAGCGCUUGGAACAGGCCAGGGUGGGGCGAGUCCCUCUGCUGUUGCGGACGCCAUGAUUGACGCAGUGGUGGACUUUGUGAAGARGAAAAAGGGACAGUUUGUGAGAAGUGUGAAGAUCCUGAUAUUCCAGACUGCCAUGGUGACUGAGUUCCACAAGAGCAUGAAGAGGAGAGUGGGAGAAGGAGUGGAGGAAAAGGGCAUUUUUACCAGGCUAAAAGAUACAGUGACAACCUACUUUAUGGGACCCAGUGAUGAGCGCUCUGCCCGUGAGAACUUUGUCAUGGAGGGAGAGGAGUUUGCCCCAACCGUGUUCCAGCUGUGUGCAGAGAGCCCCCAGGCUGUGAGCCGUGCCCGGGACUGGGUUAAAAACCUCAUAGUGAAGGAGCAAACUGAGAAAACCAUCAAGAACCCGUACAUCAGCCAGCUGAGCCGGGGGGAUGUAGAGAAGCUGCAGGCCAUGCAGAGGGAGCUGAUGGUCAGGAUACGCCUGGAGAAGAAGGGCCCUGAUUCCCUGAUCCGCCUGGAGGGCCUGAGCCGCGAUGUGCUUACAGCAGACGGCCUCAUCAGCAACAUGGUCCUGGACCAGGAGAGGGCAGAGAACCGCAGACAGGCAGCUUUCCUGGUGAGCAGCCUGGUGGAGUGGCAGUACAAAGACCAYAGUGGGACAAYGGUGUCUUUUGACAUGUUCACCAACUACAUCCUGGAGGAGGCUGUGAGAGACAACAGCAAAGUGACAAUCAAGAUCAACAAUGAGGAUUAUAAGGCAAAUGUARCCCACAAGAGAGCUGUCAAGAUUGAGGGCAGUAGAGAAAUUGAGUUACUGAGAAAAGACCUGAAAGACGAUACAUCAGUGUCUCUACCUGCACACUGGGAUGACAUGAAGGGCUCCCUCUUAAUGCUGGUCCCACUAACUCCAGGAUCCAAGGAAUACAAAGACGUGGAGAAGAAAUUUCAGAAAACUUUGCUCAACAACAACAUCGUUUGUAAAAAUAUUGAACGAGUCCAGAACCAUUCACUGUGGAAGAGCUACCAGAUAAAAAAGAACCUCCUGGAGGAGAAGAACAAGCACACRAACAACGAGAAACUGCUCUUCCAUGGCACCAGUUCCAACUCCAUCACCCAGAUCAACAGCCAUGGCUUCAAUCGCAGCUACGCUGGAACACAUGGUGCUGCAUUUGGCAAUGGUUCAUACUUUGCUGUGGACUCCAGUUAUUCAGCAGGAAGAUAUUCUAAAGCUGAUGCACAGGGGAUCAAGCGCAUGUACCUGGCCAGGGUUCUUGUUGGAGACUACACUCGGGGACAAGCAGGCUUGAUUGUUCCUCCUGCCAAACCUUCAGGGAAGGAUGCCGAUUUGUACGACAGYGUCACAGACAACACCUCCAAUCCAACCAUGUUUGUGAUCUUCAAUGAUGUGCAGGCUUAUCCAGAGUUCCUCAUCACAUUCCAGUAAAUCAUAUUUAACUACCUUCAUUAGUAUAUCAUUACUUCACAACAAAUUCCAUAUGUCUGUGUAAAGGGUGUUAAUGGUAUGUGGGUUAGUUGUUAUAGCCAUGUCUGAGGUUAGACAUCCUUAGAAAACUACUCUUUAUAGACAUAAAUUAUAUUGCUUAGGCCCUGGGCCCAGUUGCAUAAAAGAUCUUAAAUUAAUUUUGUCCUUAUAUUUUCCCUUACAUUUUCCUUAAGUUUAACCUCACUAGGGUAUGUGGGACGGUAGCUUCCCACCGCUCAACAGCCAGUGAAACUGCAGGGCGCCAAAUUCA